AUGGACCAUUUUACGGCGUUCAGCUUGGCAUCGAGCGUCCUGUCAUUUGUGACUUUUGCCGGGACGCUUGUCAAGGAUGGGAUGAAGAUACACGAGUCCGGUGGCCUGGAAGAGAAUGCGACUCUGGAGAGUAAUCUCCUCGAGGAGAGCGAUAAAGUCGCCGCCGACCUUCUGGCCCUGCUUGGGAAAAUGAAGGGGCCGACGGGAGGUGGCCUUCGAGCACGAGCAGAGAUGGAGAAGAUUGUCUUGCUGGCAAAGCAACACGACGACAAGCUUGGCGAUCUGAUGGAGAAUGUCGACGAGCUCAAGUCGCUCUACUCGAGGCUCAAACCCCUUAGCGAGGACACAAUACGAGGGAUCCAGAGCAUCCUUGACGUCAUUGACAGGGCAUGCGCUGAUCGCGUGUUAAGCGCUCUGAAGUACGACACAAUGAUGGAGAGGAGCACUUGGGUCAGGGAUGACCCCUUUGCAAUCCAGAGGGAUGUCGACUAUGGAAACGCAAUUAACUGGAUCUUCGAACGAGGGAGAAAACAAUUGACUCGCUGGUCAGUGGAACGCGGCAGCCGCCUCAAGAUGGUUAAUUUCUCCUUCUCGAUGCUUACUGGCGGCCUUCAGGAGCGAUUCGACGGCCUAUACCGAACUCUACUUUACCAACUCCUCAGCGACGACCCCGAACUAAUCUCAAAAGUUCUAAAAGGACCUUGGGGGCGGGCAUCCAGCACCAAACGCGACGUCAACAUCACCAUGGAGGAAAAGGUCCAGGCCCUCACUGAUAUAUUCGGCGGCAAUGCCUCCGCAGACGUCAGCCUGUGCAUAUUCAUGGACGGCCUGGACGAGCUCAAGGAGGUCCAAGUGGGAGACAUGAUGGACUUGGUUAACCAACUUAGCGCCUGGGCCGCACCAACUGAGAGAGGCGUUAAGAUCUGCUCGCAAACAGGGUGGAUUGGCCCUUCAUGA